ACUUCGUUUUUUAUCUGUCAGAGUGUCUCUCCAAAUAUAUAGGUAGUGGCCAUUAUCUGAGGUCAUAGUGUUUUAAGUUGAUAUAGGCCUGUCCUCAACGCUCUUGAUUAUAACUUACACUACAGGCAGAACUAGUUCAUAUCAUGGCACUUUCUACUCGGAGAUUUGCACCGAGAUUUUUGCGCAGACUUUGUGGAAACGGUUACGGAUUAUCUAACACACGAUGCACCAAUCCUAUGAUCUUCAAGCAAUUUCACGCUACUCCACUUCCCAGGAAGUGUCUGUUGGUGUUAACAAGGAGCCUGUGUGUGGCGCCAUCCAAUGUCGGGUUUCAUGACUACGAGCUUGAAAGACGGACAUUCAAGAUAGAUGUGCCGCACAAGUUCAAUUUUGUCAGAGAUGUCAUUGAGAAAUGGGCAGAAAAGGAAGAGUCUGGGGAGAGGAAGCCCCUUCCGGCUCUCUGGUUCAUCGAGACUUCAGGACGAGAACACAAGUGGAGCUACGGCGACCUAGCGCAGAAAGCAAAACGUGGCGCCACCGCGCUUGAGACGGGGGCCGGACUGGCUAGGGGCGAUCGAACGCUCAUCAUCAUGCCAAAGAUGCCGGAAUGGUGGCUGAUAUACAUGGCAUGUGUCCGCUCAGGCAUCGUGCUGUGUCCGGGAACGACCUUGCUGCGACCUGCAGACAUUGAACAUCGCCUCCAGGUGUCAGCAGCAGUCGCCAUCAUUGCCGGCGAGGACGUCGCCGACACUGUAGACCAGGUUGCCAAGACAUGUCCGAAUCUGAAAACUAAAAUUGUUGUCGGCAAGAACGAGGUUUCAAGAAAUGGCUGGCUUGACUUCAAAAAAUUGUAUAACAAUGCAUCCGAUGAGCAUGAGUGUGCCGAUACACUGGCAACAGAUGCCAUGAACAUAUUUUUCACGAGCGGUACCACCGGUCAUCCUAAGAUGACCUUACACACCCAGGCUAGCUAUGGUCUAGGCCACCUCAUCACCGGAAGACACUGGUUGGAUCUGUCGGAUCGUGAUGUUCUGUGGGCGCUCUCGGACACCGGAUGGGCGAAGUCUGCUUACAGUAAUGUAUUUGCUCCGUGGCUGCAGGGAGCCUGCGCGUUCAUACAUGAAAUGCCGAAGUUCGACAGUAAACAGACACUAAACGUGCUGCUUCAGUAUCCAGUGACAGUGUUCUGUGCGCCACCUACUGGCUACCGCAUGAUGGUACUGGACCACGACUUAUCGGGCAUAAAACACGCAGCCGUUAGACACUGUGUGAGCGCGGGCGAACCCCUGAAUCCAGAGGUGAUAGAGAAGUGGAAGGAACAGACAGGUCACACCAUCAGGGAGGGAUACGGACAAACCGAAACAACUCUUCUAGCUGGAACGUAUCGAUGCAUUCCCGCGAAGGCUGGUUCGAUGGGGAAACCUGCUCCUGGUUAUGACCUACAGGUUCGUGAAGCUGCCACACCAGCAUGUUCAACACGAGGAGGUUAUGAGAUGAUAAUUCUCAGUGGAUUCACAAGUUUCUACAGUUACCGCAUCGGUCCGUUUGAGGUGGAGAGCGCUCUGAUCGAACACCCGGCCGUGGCGGAGUCUGCAGUCAUCAGCAGCCCCGAUCCCGUUCGCGGCGAGGUUGUAAAGGCUGUGAUUGUACUGACGGAUGAAAACAAGGAUUAUGCCGAUAAGGACGCUCUCAUUAAAGAGAUACAGGACCACGUCAAGGAAGUUACGGCUCCCUACAAGUACCCACGGAAAGUGGAGUUUGUGGAGCAGCUUCCUAAGACGAUCAGCGGCAAGAUACGGAGGGUGGAGUUGCGUGACAAGGAGUGGGGGCGUGUGAAAGAGGAGGAAAGUGAGGAGGACCUGAGUGCUGGCAACAAGUGAACAGACACACACCGACUCUGCCUGCACCGAUGAAUCGCAAGUUUUUUCUAGAUUCAUGGCAUUUGUUUCUAAGCAGAGAGAUUGUUUUUCUCUAUGCAGUAUUUUGCUGCCAUGGUGGCAUUUGUUGCUAAGCAGAGCGAUUGUUUCUCUGUAUGCAGUAUUCUGCUGUCAUGGUAUUUGUUGCUAAGCAGAGCAAUUGCUUCUCUCUGUGCAGUAUUCUGCCAUGGUGGUAUUUUUACCGCUCUGCUGCACAGCUGCAUUUUGGAUAUUAGACCAUCACGUUUGGUGUUGUUUUUUAAACAAGCCUUUAUAUUUGCUAUGUUAUGUCUUUGUUAUGUAGUUUCACUUGCCAGGUUAUAUUGUCAUUAUGUGAUGUAGAGGGUAUAUAUUUAGCUUUCAUAGAGGGUACACUAUCUGCGAGAUAUCUGAUGUGCAGCUAGGACUUUCCGUCUGUUCCUAAUGUCGUCAGUGGUCGGGUGUGUUGUUUUUUCAACGUGACAUCCGUCCUUUUUGUACUUUUGCUAAACAUCACUACAUGCCUUUUCCUAGUUGUCUGUAAUGACAUUUCGCAUGAUGUAAUGAUUCUUGGUGUUGGAUGAGGCAAGGCUAUAAAUGUAAGGACAGUGCCAAGCGUGUUAGAACGAUACAUUUUGACACAUGUCUAUUUCAUGGUCAACAGUUCGCAAUGCUUGUCUAGUUCAGGUUAGUACACGAUGUAAGUGUAGUUUAGGUUAGUGUGUGAUGCAAGUGUAGUUUAGGUUAGUGUGUGAUGCAAGUGUAGUAUAGGUUAGUGUGGCUGAAGGGGUCGUUGUCGUAUCAGGUACUACAUAUAUGUACCCGAGGUACAUAUAUGUAUACCAAG